AUGGCAUCGGAAAAGAACGCGUUGGUGUCAUCGCCAAAGACUCAGAAAGUAAUCAAAUUAGUACCACCCGAUGGAGGAUGGGGCUGGAUGGUGUUAUUUGGAACGGCAUUGUCUAAUAUAUUCAACCAGUCAAUGCUGUCAUUAUUCAGUUUGUUAUACGGAGACGCAUUAGAGGCGAUGGGCCAUAGAACCCAAGGAGCUGCCAUCGUAAUGAGUACUAUGUUGUUCGUCACGAAUUUCGGCGGCCCGAUAGCCGGGGCCGUAGUUAAGUUGACAUCAACAAGAUUUGUUGCAGUAACCGGAGCGUGUUUCUGUACCAGUGGAAUCUUCUUUAGCGGAUUUUCGACAAAUAUCUGGCACUUGGUGUUAACUUACGGCGUCCUAUUAGGUCUGGGUUUGGGUUUCAUCCAAAACUCGUCAUUUGUGGCUAUAAAUAGCUACUUCAAGCUAAAGAAAAGCCGUGCAGUGGGUCUCGCAAACGUGGGCACAGGUGUGGGACAGACCUUAAUGCCGCACUUAGUGAGAUAUCUCCUGGAACAUUACGGGUUCCGCGGCGCGUGCCUGAUGUUGUCGUCUUUGAGUUUACACGGGAUUGCCGGUACUCUUCUAAUACAACCAGUAGAAUGGCAUUUGAAACAAGUAGAAGAAGAAGUUGUUGUAGACGAAAAUCUCCAUCUACUACAAGACAAGACACGUAAAACAUCACAAUCUAAUGGAGACGCUCAAAAUGGUAAUGAAAAAUCCAACUUUGGUAGCAAGAAAGAAUUAAAUGGUGGAAAAAUAAAUAAAUCAGAAACGAAUGGUGUAAAUGCAGCUGCCACACCGGCUAUCCGUCCACAAAAGCAGACGUUAAUGAAGAAACUAUAUGAUCUCUUUGGCAUCGCCUUGCUGUCUGACAUAAGGUUCCUGAACAUCGUCAUCGGCACAGCCCUAGCUGUGACGUCGAUACAGAACUUCAGUAUGCUGUAUCCAUUCUUUCUACAGCAUGUAGCAUCAAUGGACAAACAGCAGACUGCGAACUGCAUGUCGGCGGUCGCCGGCGCAGACAUCGCCGGACGUCUUAUCUUACCAGUCUUCCAAGACAAAUAUAAAAUAAAGGCCAGGUGGAUGCUCAUCAUGACAUGCACGUGGCUCAUCGUUGUCAGACAAAUUUUGGCAUACCAAACCAACAUUGAAGUAUUAAUUCUCAUGUCUUGUCUUUAUGGUGUUGGAAGAAGUAUGAUUAUUGUGGCGAGGAACAUUGCCAUUUCUGAAAACUGCAGGAUGGAUCAAGUACCGGCUGCUGUUGGACUUGGCAUGUUGACCAUGGGUAUCAUUGUACCUCCAGCUGGAUAUUUCCUUGGAUGGAUCAGAGACUACUCUGGAAGUUACGUCACUUGUAUCACAGCACAAAAUGUUCUGCUAGUAAUUCUUCUUGUCACAUGGAUCCCUGAUAUGAUAUACCUUUUACUCAAGGAAAAAAGACAGAAGAAAGUAGAUGCUGAACAACCAGAAACAUAG